AUAUGAAAAGUUAGCGUUUGUUUGACAUUUUGAAUUGAAUUGAAAAUAAUGUCUAAACUAUUAAUACGACAAACACUGAGAUUGCCUCAGAUUUUAGCCACAAAUCUGACAAAAAGUGGUCAAUUCAGUGGACAUAUCACUGGACAUCAACUGCUGAUCAGAGGUUUCAGUCAGACAUCACCCAUGAAUCGCAUCGAGAAUGUGCUGAUCAUUGGAUCGGGUCUUAUGGGCUCAGGUAUCGCCCAGUCGUGUGCCACCACUAAUCGCUUCAAAUCAAUCACAUUACAAGACAUAUCUGAGGAUCAGUUGUCUAAAGCCAAGACUCGUAUCACUCAAAGUCUCACUAAUAUUAAAGAGAAGAAGAAAGGGAUGUGGUAUAUGGAUAGUGAUGACCCGGUUAUGAGUUAA